AUGAGUUACAAGUCGCCCGUGACGUCUCACAUCCUCGACACUUCGAUCGGUCGACCGGCCGCCAACGUGCGUGUGGAGUUGCAGCACUUCCACUUAGGUCAAUGGAUCCGCAUCAACGAGGGACGAACAAACGCUGACGGACGUGUUGCCAGCCACUUGGUGCCGGAAUCUACACGCUUCGAAGCUGGCACCUAUCGCAUGGUGUUUUAUGCGCAAGAAUACUUCGAAGCCAACGGAAUUACGGAGUUCUUCUACCCGGAAGUGACCAUCGCCUUCGUUGUCAAAGACCCAACUCAGCACUACCAUGUGCCCUUACUCCUUAACCCCUUCGGGUACUCCACUUACCGUGGUAGUUAG